GUAGAACAAUACGCCAUGACUUCCUUAGGCAAACUAAUAUUUGUAGAUAUACAUUGUAGACACCCAAAGUCUUUAUCUACAGAUACAUCAUCAGUAGAUAUUGAUUCUUUAUCACUUGCUUUUGAAAAUCUGUUUCAUAUGCCAUUUGACAUUAUUGAAAAUUAUGGUAACACUGUACAUACUCUGGAUAUUAGUCAUAAUAAGUUUAGUAGAAACUUACAAUUUCUGGCUGAAUUUGAGAAUUUAACGUCUUUAAAUCUAGAUCAUAAUAACAUAGAUGAUCACACUGUAUUCCCACAUAUGCCAAAACUUCAACUUUUGUGGUUAAAUAAUAAUAAUGUAGAGGAGUUAUAUCCAUUUAUAAAGAAUCUCUAUCAGAGUGUACCAAACAUCAGAUACUUAUGUCUUAUGGGUAAUAAGGCAGCACCGAGCUACUUGAACGGUGGAACUUUCUAUGACUAUCUUCAAUACAGGUUAUACGUCAUAUCUUGGUUUCCUCAUUUGAUACACCUGGAUGACAGAAUUGUGACACCAGAACAACGAAAAGAAGCCAAGAGGCUUUUCAAACGACCAUUCUUAGAAAAUUUCGCUGAACAUACUCCUCUUCCAGAAUGCAUUAAACAUCUGCACAAUAAAAUUACAAAUGUAUUCUCCAAACCGACACUGCCUUGCAAGCUAAAGCCAAGGGGAACAAACUUUGUUAUUUAAUACAGUAUUAAGUUAUUAAUAUGAUUUUAUUUGAUAGCUAC